UGUUGUUUUGAUGAAUAAUACUUGGUGGGGCGAGGGGGUAAGAGUAGGGGUGGAGGGGUAGGAGGAUUUACUGUUCCAGCCUGAGCAUCGCGGGUCCCGUCCUCCCCCUCCCCCCUGCCCGGGCUCCAGCGUGGAGGCGGGGCGUGACCGGCUUGAUUUGGGAGGGGAGGGGCUUCCCUCAUCAGUGCUGGGCUCUGCCUGGGUGGCUCUGGGGUCGCCUUACCUCGGGGCAUCCACUCUGCAGUCGAACAGUUCCCGCCAGGGGCCAAGGGUAGGAAGGAGAGCAGGAUCUGCUGGAGAAAGCACAGCUGCCGCGCCACCGCCACGAAGACACUGCAGGCUCGGGGCACGAGACGAGCUGGAGACCGAGCUCGCCUGUCUGGGUAACCUGGGAAGCAGAGGGUACUAAGUGGCGCCUUAAGAGAUCACUGUAGCAGCAGCGGUGGCCGCCAAAGGAGGUUGCUCAGGGCACAAGCAGCUGUAGAAGUCUCUGGGCGAUUGGAGUGACCGAAGCCAAGGCAGUUCAGUGCCUCUCGUGUUCUUAUUUUUUAACCUCUGACUAUGCAAUUCUGAAACCUCCCCCAUUUGGGGGGACCAGACAGCCCGAUAGACACCUUCCACUCUCCUCCCGCUCUGGUCUCAAGAACAGAAGGAUCUCUCUCUAAAGCCUUUCACCAUUAAGAGGAAAGCGAUGGAGGAGCUGAGCGCUGAUGAGAUCCGACGGAGGCGCCUCGCACGACUCGCCGGUGGACAGACCUCCCAGCCGACCACCCCGCUCACCUCUCCCCAGAGGGAGAACCCUCCUGGGCCUCCGAUAGCAGCGUCCGCCCCAGGCCCCUCCCAGAGUCUUGGCCUCAGUGUCCACAACAUGACCCCAGCUACCUCCCCAAUAGGUGCAUCAGGAGUAGCCCACCGAAGCCAGAGCAGUGAAGGAGUCAGUUCUCUCAGUAGCUCACCCUCCAACAGCCUUGAAACGCAGUCGCAGUCUCUCUCACGCUCCCAGAGCAUGGACAUCGAUGGUGUCUCUUGUGAGAAAAGCAUGUCCCAGGUGGAUGUGGAUUCAGGAAUUGAAAAUAUGGAAGUUGAUGAAAAUGAUCGAAGAGAAAAAAGGAGCCUCAGCGAUAAGGAGCCUUCAUCAGGUGCUGAAGUGUCAGAAGAACAGGCCUUACAGCUGGUCUGUAAGAUCUUUCGUGUCUCCUGGAAGGACCGGGACAGAGAUGUGAUCUUUCUUUCUUCUCUUUCCGCACAAUUUAAACAGAAUCCAAAAGAAGUGUUCUCUGAUUUCAAGGACUUGAUUGGCCAGAUUUUAAUGGAAGUGCUAAUGAUGUCCACUCAGACUAGAGACGAAAACCCGUUCGCCAGCCUGACGGCCACGUCACAGCCCAUCACCGCGGCAGCUCGGUCGCCAGACAGAAACCUGCUCCACCCCGGCUCCCACGCAGGAACGAGUCCCAUGUUCUGCAGCGUGGGCUCCUUCGGAGCCGGCUCUCUGUCCAGCCUCUAUGAAACGAGCCCAGCUCCCCACGCGAGUCUCUGGAGCUCGGUGCCCGUGAGGAGCCCACCGCUGGCCUCCCCGCCCCACGCGGCCAGCCAGGCGGCGGUGCCUUCUCUGGCCCUGGGCCCCCACAGCGGGGCUCCUGGGGCCGCCGCCGGCAGCCAGCCCCCCUCUCCACGGUAUCGCCCGUACACGGUCGCCCACCCCUGGGGGCCUUCAGCGUCUCCCAGCCCGCGCUCCGCAGGCCUCCCCGUGCUGUCCGGCUCGCCCAGCCUGCCCGCCCUCACUAGUGGUCCUCAAGCAGUGCCUGCCCGCUCCUCCAGGACGCGAGCCGCCAGCACGGGGCCCCCCCUCCUGUCCGCCUCACCCGGUGCCGUGGGCCAGCGGCCCUCCCCGAGGGUUUCUCCUAGUUUGGGAGCCUCUGGUGGGGCAAGUACGUGGGAUUCCUACAGCGACCAUUUCACCAUCGAGACGUGCAAGGAGACAGACAUGCUGAACUACCUCAUCGAGUGUUUUGACCGAGUUGGAAUAGAGGAGAAAAAAGCACCAAAGAUGUGCAGCCAGCCGGCCGUCAGCCAGCUUCUGAGCAACAUCCGUUCACAGUGCAUCUCCCAUACCGCGUUAGUCCUACAGGGUUCCCUCACGCAGCCAAGGUCCAUGCAGCAGCCGUCCUUCCUGGUGCCGUACAUGCUGUGCAGGAAUCUCCCCUAUGGUUUCAUUCAAGAACUGGUGAGAACCACUCACCAGGACGAAGAAGUGUUCAAGCAGAUCUUUACCCCCAUCUUACAAGGCCUGGCUCUUGCUGCCAAAGAGUGCUCCCUGGACAGCGACUACUUCAAGUACCCGCUUAUGGCUUUGGGGGAGCUCUGUGAAACCAAGUUUGGAAAGACACACCCUGUGUGCAAUUUGGUCGCCUCUUUGCCGCUGUGGUUGCCCAAGUCCUUAAGCCCCGGCUCCGGGCGGGAGUUGCAGAGACUCUCCUACCUGGGGGCUUUCUUUAGCUUCUCGGUCUUUGCCGAAGACGACGCUAAAGUUGUUGAAAAGUAUUUCUCAGGCCCUGCCAUUACCCUAGAAAACACACGUGUGGUCAGCCAGUCACUGCAGCAUUACUUGGAGCUGGGAAGGCAAGAGCUUUUCAAGACCCUGCAUAGUAUUUUGUUAAAUGGCGAAACCCGUGAGGCUGCUCUCGGCUACAUGGCGGCCGUUGUCAACGCCAACAUGAAGAAGGCGCAGAUGCAGACGGAUGAUAGACUGGUGUCAACGGACGGGUUCAUGCUGAAUUUCCUCUGGGUGCUGCAGCAGCUGAGCACCAAGAUCAAGCUAGAGACGGUGGACCCCGCGUACAUAUUCCACCCGAGGUGCAGGGUCGUGCUCCCCAACGACGAGACGCGCGUGAACGCCACCAUGGAGGACGUGAGCGAGUGGCUGGCUGAGCUUUAUGGAGACCAGCCUCCGUUUUCUGAGCCGAAAUUCCCUACGGAAUGCUUCUUCCUCACCCUGCAUGCCCACCACCUCUCCAUCCUGCCAAGUUGCCGUCGCUACAUCCGCAGGCUCCGGGCCAUCCGGGAGCUCAAUAGAACCGUCGAAGAUCUGAAAAAUAACGAAAGCCAGUGGAAGGACUCCCCGCUGGCGACCAGACACCGCGAGAUGCUGAAGCGCUGCAAGACACAGCUGAAGAAACUGGUACGAUGCAAGGCCUGUGCCGACGCUGGUUUACUUGACGAGAGCUUCCUCCGAAGAUGCCUGAACUUCUACGGCCUCCUCAUUCAGCUGCUGCUCCGCAUCCUGGACCCCGCCUACCCCGCUGUAACACUGCCUUUGAAUUCAGACGUCCCCAAGGUGUUUGCAGCAUUACCUGAGUUUUAUGUAGAAGAUGUUGCUGAAUUUUUAUUUUUUAUUGUACAGUACUCUCCUCAGGUGCUUUACGAGCCCUGCACUCAGGAUAUUGUGAUGUUCCUCGUUGUGAUGUUGUGCAGCCAGAACUACAUCCGAAACCCCUACCUGGUGGCCAAGCUGGUCGAGGUGAUGUUCAUGACCAACCCUGCAGUUCAGCCUCGAACCCAGAAGUUUUUUGAAAUGAUCGAAAACCACCCUCUCUCCACCAAGUUGCUGGUCCCUUCCCUGAUGAAGUUUUACACAGAUGUUGAGCAUACCGGAGCCACCAGCGAGUUCUACGACAAGUUCACCAUUCGCUACCACAUCAGCACCAUUUUCAAAAGUCUCUGGCAGAACAUAGCUCACCACGGCACCUUUAUGGAGGAGUUCAACUCUGGGAAGCAGUUUGUGCGCUAUAUAAAUAUGCUGAUAAAUGACACGACAUUUUUGCUCGAUGAAAGUCUGGAGUCUCUGAAGCGGAUUCAUGAAGUGCAAGAGGAGAUGAAGAACAAAGAACAGUGGGACCAGCUGCCCCGGGACCAGCAGCAGGCCCGGCAGUCUCAGCUUGCUCAGGACGAACGCGUCUCGCGCUCCUACCUGGCCCUGGCCACGGAGACCGUGGACAUGUUCCACAUCCUCACCAAGCAGGUCCAGAAGCCCUUCCUCAGGCCGGAACUGGGACCCCGACUGGCCGCGAUGCUGAACUUUAAUCUCCAGCAACUCUGUGGCCCCAAGUGCCGUGACCUGAAAGUGGAAAACCCUGAGAAAUACGGCUUUGAACCAAAGAAGCUGUUGGACCAGCUGACGGACAUUUACUUGCAGCUGGACUGUGCCCGGUUCGCCAAAGCCAUCGCCGACGACCAGAGAUCUUACAGCAAGGAGCUCUUUGAAGAAGUCAUCUCCAAGAUGCGCAAGGCGGGGAUCAAGUCUACAAUCGCCAUAGAGAAGUUCAAGCUCCUCGCGGAGAAGGUGGAGGAGAUCGUGGCCAAGAACGCGCGCGCGGAGAUCGACUACAGCGACGCCCCAGACGAGUUCCGAGACCCCCUGAUGGACACCCUGAUGACCGACCCCGUGCGGCUGCCCUCCGGCACCGUCAUGGACCGCUCCAUCAUCCUGCGGCACCUGCUCAACUCCCCCACCGACCCCUUCAACCGGCAGACGCUGACGGAGAGCAUGCUGGAGCCAGUGCCAGAACUGAAAGAGCAGAUUCAUGCCUGGAUGAGAGAGAAGCAGAGCGGCGACCACUGACCCGCCCUGCCCAGCGCAAAGCGGCCCUGGCCGCGGGCAGGCCGCGCACGGGACGCAGAACCGUCAAACGUCAGAGGCCAAAUGUGGCGGACACCCGAGAGCCCACCGGAGCGACCAAACGGGGUCUGCGCGGACACGGAGGAGACGAGGAGCCCGAUUCCUGUACAUAUAUUUAAGUGACAGCCUGGCCGAGCGGAGGGACACGCCGUGGUCGCUCGUGUGGAAAGCACGGCCUGCCUGCGUCGCGGCCCGGGCUUGGCGACGGAGGUCUUUCAGCGAUGGACGACCACUGGUCUGGGCAGCAACCCCUUCAUGUUCCCCCUAAAUCCAGUAUCCGCUGAUUCGAUGGUGAUUAGAGAACCCUGGACAUUUUGCUGCUAAAGAAUCUGCCCCCCCCACCCCUCCCAACCCAACUUGCACUGCUGUGGGUUUUUUUAAGAGAAGCAAAACAAAAAUAAACUCUUUUCCCUGGCCCUCCAAACAUAUAUUCUGUGAGAUAACUGUGCCUGCAACAAAGUGUUAAUCCUGGGAUCGUAUUUUUAUAUCAUAUUCACAUAUUUGUUUUUUUAAUUGGUGUUAGAUGACAUGAUUAAUAAAAAAGGCAAAGAUAUUUUCAGAAUUUGAAUUUCAGUUUUUUUUCUUUUGAAAUGUCCCUUACAUUUUUUUAUUGUGAACAAAAUGAAGAGAACCCUAUCGCUCAGGUCCUUGCCCACUGCCCCUCCGCUAGGGCGCUGAGGAGCAGCUACGGCAGAGGCGAGCCUGCGUUUACCAGGACCCAAGUGACUGGCGGCGGGGGAGGGCAGGGACUGGCUUUUUAAUGCGAUGUGACGGUUUGAGAUCCUACGGCGAUCCCGCGAGGGUGAAUGAAUUCCUCCAGCCUCGAGUCUGUGCAUCGAGGCCGGCCUGAUUUGUACGACGUGUCCCCGGGGGUUGGCCUGACCAAAGCAAGAAAAGAGUGCAAGAAAUGUGGCGGCCGUCUGCAGGCUGAAACGCACACACACCUCCCCCCACGGCCCCUGAACAGAUGACAUUUUGUAUUACUGCUACUUAGCAUACUUGAAUUCCUGAAUUUCCUGUGGGGUAAAAAAGGAUUUGAAACCAUAAAGUGUUUUGAAGAAAUUAAGUCGAUAGAAACAUGCUUUCUUUUUCUUUUCUUUUUUUCCCCCUCCACAGAUAAUGCCCUCUGUUCAAUAAAUGCAAUUUAUUGCUACAAUAAAUGGUGAUACACAUUCA